AUGCUGGACCAAAUGGCAAACGAGAUCAAGCUUAUCUCUGGGAGCUCCCACCCAGAGCUCAGUGCUCUGGUGGCUAGUCGACUUGGCAUCAAUAUCGCCAACACCAUGAGCCUCAACUACUCCAACCAGGAGACUAGUGUUUCUAUUGGAGAGUCCGUGAGAGACGAAGACGUCUUCAUCCUUCAGUCGACGGCGCCGGGUGAUGUCAACGAUGGCCUCAUGGAGCUGCUCAUCAUGAUUCACGCCUGCCGCACUGCCUCUGCUAGACGUAUCACGGCCGUCAUUCCCAAUUACCCCUACGCUCGCCAGGACAAGAAGGACAAGUCCCGUGCGCCCAUCAGCGCUAGGCUGAUUGCAAACAUGCUGCAGGUGUCCGGCUGCAACCAUAUCAUAACUAUGGACCUGCAUGCCUCACAGAUCCAGGGGUUCUUCAAUGUUCCUGUAGAUAACCUGUAUGCUGAGCCAUCCGUCCUGCGGUGGAUCAGUGAGAAUCUGGACGUUGAGAACUGCGUCAUCGUCUCUCCUGAUGCUGGCGGUGCGAAGCGCGCCACCUCGCUUGCAGACCGUCUCAACACCGGAUUUGCUCUGAUCCACAAGGAGCGCCCGCGACCUAAUGUUGUUGGUCGCAUGGUGCUUGUCGGUGAUGUUCAGGACAAGGUGGCUAUCCUUGUGGAUGACAUGGCCGACACCUGUGGAACUCUGGCUAAGGCGGCGGAAACCCUCAACAACCACGGUGCUCGCCAAGUGUUCGCUAUUGUCACCCAUGGCAUCCUCAGCGGGACUGCCAUUGACACAAUUAACAACUCUCAUUUGUCCGGUCUUGUCGUCACCAACAUUGGCGACAAAACUGAGCGAUGCCCUAAGCUCAAAGUCAUCGAUGUGUCUGGCACGCUUGCUGAGGCUAUUCGACGAACCCACAAUGGCGAAUCGGUGUCAUACCUUUUCACCAAUGUUCCCGUCUAA